UCCCGGGGCAGCUCCUCCUGACGUGACGUUGCGUCGCCAAGAGUCCGGAGGCUGAGGUUUGUGUGGACAAGGCUCCAAAAGGCUCUCAUUUGCCAAAGGGGGCCCUGGAAAGAGGCAGAGCCGAUUUUUCCUGUGCAGUCUCUGCGAGCCUUGGACGGGAAUUCUUCCUUUCAUUCAUCCGGAAGCGUCUCUAUCUGGAAAUAGGACCGAUGAGAAGUUUAAUCGAUGUCGUUAAAGCGACCCAACACGAUCGAAAACUUUUCUCUCAGACAGUUCAUUGGUUUUCUUCCAUGCGUGUGAAUUAUUGAGCGUUGGAGCUUAUCCUGUUAUCUGCGGGAGCCGAAGUGUUUCUGCGAUGAGUUUGUGGGUUUAACUUGACGCACAGCCUAUUCCGCCUGUUUUUGUGAGGUUCAGAAGCGGAGGGCAUGCUCUGAGAGCAAUCCUGCUGAACAACUGUGCGUCCUCCCCCGUCUGUCUUCAUCUGGACUUAAUAGGCAACAAAUGUUGUGAAGGAACAGCAGGACAGCGCCGAAGCUCCACCGCUGGAUCUUUUUUCUUUUUACGGGUGGGUUGGUUUACUUGACGGAUCCACAAUGAGGGCGUUUAUUUGUGUGAGUUUGGCUCUGAUUUGUCUGCUCACCUGGACCGAAGCCGACAGACAGACUCAUCUGAAGCGGGUGCAACUCCACCGACGCGCAAAAACUGGACGUGCCCAGCUGCGCGCAACGGACAAGGCGGGCUUCGCCGGGCGCUUGCGCCCGGGGUUUGGAUCUGCGAUCACCAUGCACAGCUCAAACACUGCGGCGAAUGUGCAAUCUGACGAAGGGACCCCAGUUCCCGUCCGGACAGGGGCACUGAAGGGCAGGAGAGGGGGAGGUCAGGGCGUGUUGGCUCGGAGAGGCGGCGCCGGACAGAUUGGCUUGCCGGAGCGGUCGGACGUGUUGCAAGAUGAGGGCACCCCUGGAGCAAGAGCCAGGAUCUCCAGGAUGCCAAACAGCGCGGGGUCACCCAACCUGCUGGCCAGUUUCGCAGGGAAGAACCGAGUCCUGGUGAUCUCGGCGCCCCAUGAGUCCGACGGGUACUACCGGCUCAUGAUGUCGCUCCUGAAACCGGACGUGUACUGCGAGCUGGCCGAGAGACACGUCCACCAGAUCGUGAUGUUCCAUCAGGAGGGGGAGAUGGGGGGCAAGGUGAGAAGGAUCACCUCUGAGGGGAAGGUGCUGCAGGAGCCACUGGACACAGCGCUCAUCCCCAGGCUCAUGAGCUUCCUCAAACUGGAGAAGGGCAAGUUUGGAAUGGUGCUGCUAAAGAAAACGCUGCAGGUGGAGGAGAAGUACCCCUACCCCGUCAGACUGGAGGCCAUGUAUGAGGUCAUUGACCAGUCGCCCAUGAGAAAGAUGGAGAAGCUACGCCAGAAGGGCUUUGUCCAGAAGUGUAAAGCAGCAGGUGUGGAGGGUCAGGUGGAGGAUGUCACUCGCACAGCUGUAGAGAGAAAACCAAUAAAGAAGAUCCCUAGAAAGCCUACACAGGCCUCAACAACAGCUGCUACAACCACCACAACAACUAUACGGCCCACAACAACAACUACACCAACAACAACCACAACUACUACUACAACGAGGCCUACUACUACCACUACCACCACAACCAAAGCUACAACAACCACAACCAGAACUACAACAACCACCAAACCCACCACCACUACAACCCAGAGAACCACCACCACAACCCAGAGACCCACAAGAGGCCCACCCACAGCACCUUGGCUCCCAGCUAGCAGAACUACAGCGGAUCCUUACUAUGAGAACCACAGAGAGAGGUACCCGGCUAAAACCACUCCGGCCGGAGACAACCACACUGACAAGGACAACAGAGAUUCACACAGCCACAGGCGGUUGCCUGUUUCCCACAAACCCACGAAGGCCAAGUCCAGCAAGAAGAAGAAUGAGGCAGAAAAGGUAUCAACUAAAGCCUAUGAGGACAACAAUGAACCCAGCCAGCCAACUUCGAGAGAUCCAGAGGAGAUGGAAUCUGUCCCAGAUGUCAGUCCAACAAAAAAAGUCAAAAGCAAGCAUGAUAAGAAGAGGAAAAAGAGUGACAAGAAUUUCAAGAAAGCUGACAGGAGAGGAGGAAAACCUGGGAAAGAAGUGAAGAUCGGAGGAAAGAAAAAUGGAAAGAAGCUGACAAAGUACCCAGAAAAACAGGACUACCCAAAACCCACAAAGAAGCCAACGCCUCCUCCCAAGGGCUCCCUGGCCUCUUUUCUGGACUACUUUGAGAACAGGAGGCGGCUGCUGCUGAUUACGUCACCCAGUGAGGAGAACAGAAUGUAUGUUCAGCAGAAGGACGAGUACCUAGAGUCCGUGUGUGAGAUGGCCAUCAGGAAAGUUUCCAUCAUCACCAUCUUUGGCUCCCUGACCAACUCCACCAUGAAAAUCGACCACUAUCAGAUAG